GUUUCCGUUGCGAGGGAGUUGGGAAACAGAGCAUGAAGAAAGUUGCCAUGAACGAAGCUUGCUGAUCGGUCGGAAAGAUUGAAGGUUAAGGUUGGGGAGAGGGAUGGGAAAUCCGAAACAGAAAUGGACUUCAGAGGAAGAAGAAGCACUAAAAGCAGGAGUAGCCAAACACGGUACAGGCAAGUGGAAAAACAUCCAGAAAGACCCAGAAUUUAAUCCCUUCCUUUUUGCCCGCUCCAACAUCGAUCUUAAGGAUAAAUGGCGGAAUAUGAAUGCCAGUGCCGGUGGCCAAUGCCAGAGGGAAAAAUCGCGGACAGCAAAACCAAAAGCGAUAUCUGAUGAUCCUGCUUCUGCUGCUUCUUCAAUUCCUAGUUCCAAUCUACAGACUACUUCUACUGCUCCAAUUAAGGCAGAUCUCAUCGUUGAUGAUUCUUCAACAAGCAUUGUAGAUGGGAAAGGUGCUCCAAAGUAUAAUGCAAUGAUCUUUGAAGCAAUUUCAGCCUUGAAUAGCCAACCUGGAGUGGACACCAGUGCAAUUGUGAGCUACAUCGAGCAAAGGCAGGAGGUGCCACAAAAUUUUAGAAGACAAUUAAGUGCAAGGUUAAGAAGAUUGGUUGCACAGGAAAAACUUGAAAAGGUUCAGAAUUUUUAUAAGAUAAAGAAUAGUUCCCCAUCAGGGACAAAAAUACCUACGCCAAAACAGAAAUCUAUCCAACCUAGGCCUUUACAUAGCGUAGGUUGCAUAAAUUCUGGUGGUACGAUGGAAGAAGCUGCAGUAGCUGCCGCCUAUAGAAUAGCUGAGGCAGAAAACAAAUCAUUUGUUGCAGCUGAAGCAGUUAAAGAAGCAGAGAGGGUUUCAAAGAUGGCCGAGGACACAGAUUCGCUACUACAAUUGGCCAAAGAGAUAUUUGAGAAAUGUUCACAAGGUGGGAUUGUUCUUAUGGCUUGAGAUACAGAUUUAUGCUUAUCAGAUAGGGACGAUGACCCAUUCAAGUAGAGUGCAUGUAAAUAUUGUCUUGAACUGUAUCUUUCCUCAUCUUUAUCAGAUGUGAUGAAGCUAAAGGAAAGGGCAGUUUUAAAGUAAUAAUUGCCAUGUAAUCUUUCAAAUAGGAGUAGGUGAGUUUUUUUGUAGAGUAAACAAUUUGCAGAUCAACAUCUUGUCAUGGUUGUAUGGUGGCUCUGUUUUUAACUAAUUCUUUUUGCACUACAAAA